CAGACCCUUACUCGACCCCACUAGGAAAAAUGGAGGAAAACGGCAACAGAGCCGAUGCCAAACGCUCUCUAGCAAUCGCCGAGAAGCUUCUCCGAGGCCGUCAUUUGAAAGACUCAAGAGACGCAGCAGUCAUCGCCCAACAAAACGAUCCGCUCCUGGAAGGGCCAGAUCAGAUCCUAGCCGUCAUCCACGUCCUUAUCGCCGCCGCAAAAAGAAUAAACGACCAACGUGAUUGGUACUCCAUCUUGCAAGUCGAUUGCCGUUCCCAGGACAAAGAUCUCAUCAAGAAACAGUAUCAUCGCCUAGCUCUCCUUCUUGACCCCGAAACGAACGAUUUCCCUUUCGCCAAUAAUGCCUUCAAGCUCGUAACCGAUGCAUGGUCCAUUUUAUCUAACAGCUCCAAGAAAUCUCUUUACGACAAGGAAUUGGAGUCUUGUAAGCGGACUGAUUCAUGCACCGCCGGCGACCGUUCGAAUAAAGCCGGGGAAUCGACGGUCACGAGAGGAGCGCAAAAUCAGGAGCAUAAGCAAAAACGCAUGCCGAAUUCGGAGCUGCGAAAUGAGAAACAAAGGCAACGAAUGUCGACAUUUUGGACAGCGUGUCCGUACUGUUAUAGGUUGUUUGAAUAUCCUAGGAUUUACGAAGGUUGUUGUUUAAGGUGCCAGAAUUGCGACAGGGCUUUCCAUGGUGUUCUGAUCCCGACUCUGCCGCCAGUGGUCCCAGAAAAAGAAUCUUAUUACUGUACCUGGGCGUUUUUUCCGUUAUUGUCUGGUGAUCAAGAGAAUCGAAUGGAAGCUCCUCCGGGGUUUUCCGAAAAGCGGCGAGAGAGUGAAAGAAAAGGGGGUAACGUGGAUUCGCUGCCGCAGGCAGCUGCUCCAACAACCACCACAAAAAAGGCGUUUUCUCCGUCCGGUGGUCAAGAGAGUCGAAUAAAACCUCCUCCUGGGUUUCCAGUAAAGAGGCGAGAGAGUGAAAGAGAUGGUAGUACUGUGGCUACGCCGCCGCAGGCAGCUGCUCCUACGACUACCACGGAUAAGGCAUCCAAAAGGAGAGACAAUGUGGCGGGGAGUUCGGGUUGGAAGAAAGGGAUUCCAAUUUGGAAUCCGCUGUGAGAUUUCCUAGUUAAUGGAUUAUGGGGGUUUUUUGGCGUACGUUUAUAGCAACCUGACCAUAAUGCAGGAGCUUUUCCAUCAUAUGGGGUGGAUUUUGAUGAACGAACAAGAACGUACAACGUCGAGGCUGAAAUUCGGUGGGAGAAUGUAUGGGUAUUGUAGUUGUUGUUGCUAACCGUUUUGUGUGUAGAUAUUAGAUUGUAGCGCAACAGUAGUAUGUAAAGUUAUGAUAUAUAUGCAAUGUAGGGUCGGCAAGUUCUUGCACCAUUGGUUUUGAGAAAUUUUUCUUGUUUGUGUUUGAUUGAAUUGGUGCAUCUUCUUGUAGGAAAAUAUGGUUAAAAUCCAUCAAUGUUGUAGGUAAACUUUUUCUGAAUUGUGAAUCGAAAUAUCAGUUCAUUCCUUGUUUCA